UACUGAUGCUGCUGCUCGUAUAGUCGCAUCUAUCCUGGGGGCCUCCUCCCACUCAUCACAGCUCGAGAUUCCGCAUCACGAGCCUUUCAUUUUUAUCGUAGAAAAGUCCCGUCUCUCCGCAGCACUGCAUCGGAAUAAGGGCUCAAUGAAAAAAAUCUUCUUCAACUGAAUUUUAACUCACAUAUCGGCGACAUUCGUGACUGAGAGAGGGAAACCGGUGGGUUUUUUUUUUUUUUUUUUUAAUUUUGCAUCAGCGCAAAAGGAAGUUAUGUUCAUUCCAGUCGCGCGCGGGGAUGCUGAGAUGCGUCGUGUUUAGCGCACGGAACCCCGAUUUAUUCGGCCAGACGGGAGAAAUAAAAGGACCAGUAUGAGACACAUUUUUAACUUUGUCUGAUAUCGAUUUGGAUUCGCUAAAGAGCAUUUGAUUGGAGCAUCGGGAUGUUUUGACGGGUUCGGGAAAUCUCCAAACAGGUUACUGAAGAUUUCGCCCUCAAGUGAACCACAUCCAAGCCAAAACAAUUAAAUAAAAAAUAAAGCACCGACAGAGAGCAGUUUGAAAGGAGGCCAACCAGCCACACUGCACAGGAUUUAAAACUAUCGUCGCUUUAACAUCUUUUCGCACCUUCAAGGAGAAUAGAUUUUAACCGAGAUGAAAGUUUUCCCGGCAGUAUUGUUUCUUAUCACAUUUUGGAGUCUGGAGUGGGAGCCUGUGCUCCCCGAUUCAAUUAUUCACAUAGGGGCCAUUUUCGAUGAGUCUGCCAAAAAGGACGAUGAGGUUUUUCGUCUGGCGGUGGCAGAUCUCAAUCUUAACAACGAGAUCCUGGAGACUGAGAAGAUCACAGUAUCCGUGGAGUUUAUAGAUGGGAACAACCCUUUCCAGGCAGUGCAGGAAGCUUGUGAGUUGAUGAACAGAGGAAUCCUAGCCCUGGUCAGCUCCACUGGCUGUAUGUCCGCAGGCUCGCUGCAGUCUUUGGCUGAUGCCAUGCACAUCCCUCACCUCUUCAUCCAGAGGGCACCUGGGGGCACUCCUCGCUGUAGCUGCCCACCCACCAGUCACUCUCAGCCAGAUGACUACACACUUUUUGUGCGACCACCCGUCUACCUAAAUGAUGUCAUUUUCCAUGUGGUGAUGGAGUACACAUGGCAGAAGUUCAUUAUCUUCUAUGACACAGCCUAUGAUAUCCGGGGGAUACAGAACUUCCUGGACCAGACGUCUCAGCAGGGCAUGGAUGUGUCUCUCCAGAAGGUGGAAUCCAAUAUUAACAUGAUGAUCACCGGAAUGUUCCGCACCAUGAGGGUGGAGGAGCUACACCGCUACAGGGACACACUGAGGCGUGCUGUACUGUUCAUGAGCCCUGCCACUGCCAAGGCCUUCAUUACAGAGGUGGUGGAAACUAAUCUUGUGGCUUUUGACUGCCACUGGAUCAUCAUAAAUGAGGAGAUUUCAGACCAGGAUGUGCAGGAGUUAGUAAUGAAGUCUAUAGGUCGACUGACCCUGGUGAGACAGACCUUCCUUCUCCCACAGAACACCAGCCAGCGUUGCAUCAAGAGCAACCACCGCAUCAACGCCUCCCUCUGCGACCCCAAAGACCCAAAGGCACACAUGUUAGAGAUCACCAACCGCUACAUCUAUGAUACGGUGCUGCUUCUGGCCAACACCUUCCACAGGAAGCUGGAGGACAGAAAAUGGCACAGCAUGGCGAGUCUUUCGUGUAUCCGCAAGGGCUCCAAACCGUGGCAGGGUGGCAAAUCCAUGCUGGAAACUGUGAAGAAGGGAGGAGUAAGUGGUCUCACCAGCUUGCUGGAGUUUAAUGACAAUGGCACCAACCCCAACAUCUACUUUGAGAUCCUGGGCACCAACUACGGAGAGGAACGUGGCCGCGGAGUCAGCAGGCUCGCGACGUGGGACCCAGUCCAUGGACUGAAUGGAACUUUGACUGAUCGGAAGUUGGAGAACAACAUGCGUGGGGUUGUCCUACGGGUGGUCACUGUUCUGGAAGAACCUUUUGUGAUGGUCUCUGAAAAUGUACUUGGGAAGCCCAAGAAGUACCAGGGCUUCUCAAUUGAUGUGCUGGAUGCUCUGGCAAACUACCUUGGCUUCAAGUAUGAGAUCUACGUGGCUCCUGAUCACAAAUAUGGCAGCCAGCAGGCAGAUGGGACUUGGAAUGGUCUAAUUGGAGAGCUGGUUUUCAAGAGAGCAGAUGUGGGUCUCUCAGCCCUGACCAUCACUCCUGAGCGAGAGAGUGUGGUAGACUUCACCACUCGCUACAUGGACUACUCCGUGGGUGUGUUGCAGAAGAAGGCAGAGAGGACGAUGGAUAUGUUUGCAUGCCUAGCCCCCUUCGACCUCUCUCUGUGGGCUUGUAUAGCUGGCACAGUGCUGCUAGUGGGGACUCUGGUGUAUCUCCUCAACUGGCUAAACCCGCCCAGACUGCCAAUGGGAUCUGUCUCCUCCACCACCCUUUACAACUCCAUGUGGUUCGUCUAUGGCUCCUUCGUUCAGCAGGGUGGCGAGGUGCCCUAUACAACUCUGGCCACAAGGAUGAUGAUGGGGGUUUGGUGGCUGUUUGCACUGAUAGUCAUCUCCUCUUACACAGCAAAUCUGGCUGCCUUCCUUACCAUCUCCCGCAUCGAGAACUCCAUUCAGUCUCUACAGGACUUGGCAAAGCAGACAGACCUGCCGUAUGGCACGGUUCUAGACUCUGCCGUUUAUGACCAGGUUCGCAGCAAAAGCAUGAACCCUUUCGAGAGAGACCCUAUGUACUCGCAGAUGUGGAGGAUGAUUAAUCGAACAGGAGGAGCUGAAAACAAUGUAGAAGAAUCAAAAGAAGGCAUUCGCAAGGUGAAGUACGGGCAUUUUGCAUUUGUGUGGGAUGCAGCUGUGCUGGAGUAUGUGGCCAUUAACGAUGAGGACUGCUUGCUUUACACUGUGAGCAACAAUUUGGCUGACAGGGGCUACGGCAUCGCGAUGCAGCAUGGCAGUCCCUACAGGGACAUCUUCUCACAAAGGAUCUUGGAGCUUCAGCAAAAUGGGGACAUGGACAUCCUAAAACUGAAGUGGUGGCCACGGGAAAGUCCGUGUGACCUGUACUCUCCUGUGGGCACUCGGAAGACUGCCACCGCUUUGGACAUCCACAGCUUUGCAGGCGUCUUCUUUGUACUUGCGGCCGGUGUGGUGCUCUCCUGUCUGAUUGCUACUGUGGAGACCUGGUGGACACGGAGGAAGGGCUCCAGAGUGCCCUCCAAGGAGGAUGAUAAGGAGAUCGAUCUGGAGCACCUUCAUCACCGGGUUAACAGCUUGUGCACGGAGGAUGAGAGCCCCCACAAACAGUUCUCCACCUCCUCCAUCGACCUGACACCCCUGGAUAUGGACUCUCUUCCGGCUGCCCGGCAGGCCCUGGAGCAGAUCAGCGACUUUCGUAACACGCACAUCACCACCACCACCUUCAUCCCAGAGCAGAUCCAGACUCUCAGUCGCAGCUUCUCCACCAAGGCGGCUGCCGGAUUCGCCUUCGGGGCCGUGCAGGAUCACCGGACAGGGGGGCCUUUCCGACAGAGAGCCCCCAAUGGCGGCUUCUUUCGCAGCCCUGUCAGGACAAUGUCCAGCAUCCCAUAUCAGCCCACCCCAGCUCCCAACUUCAGCUAUGGCAAUGACCCAGACAGGGGCACCUCCAUAUAAACUAGAAUGGGCUUGGGUCUGUGAUUUGGAAACAAACACACGAAAGAAAUAUAUGUAAAUACAAAUGUUCAAUUUUGGUUGUCAUUUACUCUUGACUUUGGAUCUUGGUGAUGGAGUGCAGAUUACUUGUCCUGACUGAACUCGUCAAUGAGAUUAGGAUGGAAUAAAAUGAUCAUUAUCGUCUUUGUGGUUGUCUGGAGAUUUCCUCUGUGAACAAAAUACCUUUUUUGACACAUACAAUUUUUGAUGAUCUCAUUUGUGGGGAGAGCAAAGAGACUGCAUCAGAUGUUGCAAUGAUGGUGUGUUCACCUUUUUGUUUUGUUUGAAAAAAACAAACUCUGCCAAGUUUUCCACAGAUCUGCAAUAACUCUAAUUCAAAGAAUCUUGUCAACUUGUUGACUGAAUCUUGCUUCUUGCUCUUCUCAGUGUUCAGUUAAUAUUCAGUACUCCCUCUAGUGGAGCAAUUAAACAUGGCAGCCGAGACUGCACCGCUAACAUCAGAGAAAGCACCAGGCAACCUUUGAAGUGUAGGACUGUGGCUUUUAUCUGCUGCCUUGGAACUGCACCAGUGUGUUUCUGAGGACUUCUCUUCCUCUCUGCCAUCUCCCUGAAGAUGAGAUCUACAUUAAGUCUUUAAAGGACUCUGUAGGAAAGAUUGACUGAACUUUAUUAAAAAAAAAAAAAUUAGUAUACAGGAGAAAGGAUGAAACAAAUGCUACUAAAUGUCUCCUACUGACUUUAAGUAUAACAAAUCUUAAAUGUGUGGAAUGUGUCUUAGUUCUCUCUUUUAUUUUAUUAUUAUUAUUAGUUUUGAAAUUGCUUCAGUGCCAUCAUCUUACUUUGGUUUGCACCAAGAAACCAACAAAGGUUUGUAUUCACGUCUGUAGCUGUAAUCCAGGAUUCAACAAAAACACUGCAUUGUGUAGAAUAGCUUCAUUGUAUAUGCCACAUGCUUGCAGCUCUACAUCAUACAUUUUGGAGAUCACUGAGUGAGAGUUUUUAAAUGAAUUCUUAACACAAGCCUUAGAAGAAGGGGCUGUUUUUUACUUAUCAAAUGUCAGUCCUCAACUGAAUACAACGCCAUCUGAAAAAGCUGACACGGUGGCCACUUUUGAGGGCGUUAUCUGAAAUAUCUUUCGAUUUCAUUUCAUAAAUGUUAAGGGGAAAUAUUUAUCUAACUUUUUUUUAAGUGCUAAUUGUUUAAACAAGGCCAUCAAAGUGUGGUAAGAGUAAAAAAAAAAAAUUAAACAUUUUGAGAACAAAAAACAAACAUCCUUUUCACUAACAAACUGUAUUAAUAUUUACUAAUGUUAGUCAUUUAGAUUGAGCUUUCAGUUUGUUAUCCUCUGACUAAUUCGCAAAUGUUUUGUGAGAACAGCAACAGUGUUUUGAGGCAAGCCUAUAGGUGUACUUUUCAAGAUAUGAUUACUGAAAGACUAUAGAAGCUAUUUUUAUUAAGUAUCAGUUUAAAGAUUAUUUAGAAUAAAUGAAGAGACAUUCAAAUGUAUAUUUUACAUGCAGAUAAUUUUUGUUGGGUUAAAGAAGAUAUAGAGUAUACUGUAAUAUCUGAGCUUGUAAAGCUCAGUUAGCCACUAUCACUUUACAUUAAUUUCUCCAGUCUCUCUGCAGUAAGGCAUUGUCAUUUGACUUCAUUUCAUUUUGAUUUCUUAAUUUAUCAAAAAGGAGGCAAGGGUUUUUUUUCUGUAAAAGAAGCAUGCAAAACCUGCUAUACAUUUCUUUUAUUUCAUACAUAGAAUUGUACAGGAUUACUUCAUUUUCAACUGAUUAUAAUGUACAGUAUUUAAUAUAGGCCUAUUUUGUUGUAUGUGUUGCAUAUUAUUCAAAUGGAACAAACUGAGGCCUCUGUUACAAG